CAAAAUGAAACACCUGGUCCAUUCUGAUUCUUGAACACUUCUUGUACGAAAGUGUUCGACAACGGAAGAAGUCGAAUUCUUCCGCAAUGUUGUGUGAGAUCAGUGCCUAUUUGGGCCAUUCGUUUUUGGGUAUAUGGCUCAGCAUGAACAUCAUCAUGGCUGCGUCCAUAUUUGUGAGCUCCGCGUCGGUUUUUUACUAUUAUUACUGGCCAAAGAAUGUAACUUACGAUAAAUGGAAGUACAAGUCCAACACGGAGUAUCCCUCGGUUGAGAAGGUUCGUGAUGAGAUCGUGCAAACCAUGAAGGGCAUGCUUUGCGCCACGCUCUGUCCCGCCCUGAGCUUAUACUUGGCUUCUAAUGGAUCGUUGGGUGGAAUAUCCAAAGCCUUUUGUGGCUGGGGCCCACACAGUCUGGCCUAUCACGUCUUCUCGAUGGUGGUGGUCCUGGUUGGGUCGGACUUCUACGAGUUCGCUUAUCAUCGGCUUGGUCACGUAAACUUUACGUUCUGGAAACAGCACAAGCAUCAUCACGUUUUCUAUAACCCAUCUCCGUUCUCUGUGAUCGCAGAUGAAUGGAUCGACCAAUUCUUUCGUUCCGCGCCACUUCUGUUGUUCCCAUUAGUUUUACCCCUCAACAUUGACCUGAUGUUUGUGAUGUACGGCAUUAUGUUCUACUUCUACGGUGUCUAUCUUCAUUGUGGCCACGAGCUCUCGUUUCUGUCUGCGCACAACCCGAUCGUGAACACUUCCUUUCAACAUUACUGUCAUCACGCUCGGUCCACGAUGAACAAACCUUUCCAUUGCGGGUUCUUUAUCAAGAUUUGGGACAAUCUUUUCAAAUGUGUCUACCCGGCGGACAAAUGCUUUUGCGCACAAUGUUCCAGAGCCAAGGGCGAACGCACGCAAGAAGCGUUCAAAAAAGUUCGAAUCCCAGAUUAUUCCCUUCUACUCAAAUCCUCUGUUUGGUUAGAUCUUUUACCUAAGGCCCUUACAGCGGCUUAAGUAAAAAUAAACACAUUCGCCAACCUCA